AUGCCGAGCACUUUCUUGUUAUUCGCCGUAACCCUAAUCCUGAGUGUAGACCUCCUCACUGCCGUGGUGUACGCUAACCCUGAAGUGACCGCUUUGUCCGCGCUGAAGAAUAGUUUAUCUGAUCCAAACAAGGCGCUCCAGUCGUGGGAUACACAGCUUGUCGACCCUUGCACUUGGUUCCACAUUACCUGCAACGAUCAGAACUACGUUACCCGAGUCCACCUAAGUUCGCAAAACCUCUCUGGCAAACUGGUACCUGAACUUGGAAACCUAACUCAACUUCGAUAUCUAGUACUCUUCAAGAACAACAUUGAAGGAAGUAUUCCAGCGGAGCUCGGUAAGCUGACGAACCUCGAUUCCUUGGCCUUGUCUGAUAACAACCUCUCGGGGACCUUACCUUCUUCAUUGGAGAACUUGAAAUUACUUAAGAUUCUAAAUCUGAAUAAUAACAAGUUUUUAUCUGGGGCAGUCCCCCGGGUCUUAUUCAUGUUCCGCGCCUCGACAUCUCGAACACAAGUUUAA